AUGAGGAAGAGAAAGAUUGCAUCCUGCGCAGCCUGUAGGCCGCAACGCAAAAAGUGUUCAGAAGAAUGUAUUCUUGUUCCACAUUUUCCUCCAGAUGAUCCCGAAAAAUACACAAUCGUGCAGCAAGUGUAUGGAACUAGCCAUAUCGCUAAACUACUUCAAGGUCUGGAGGCCAAGCAAAGAGAAGAUGUAGUAAAGAGUAUCGUGUGGGAAGCAACUGCAGGAAUGAAGGAACCCAUCCGGGGAACUGCCAGUGUGGUCCAUGAACUGCAGAAGCAAAUAGCGGAGCUGGAAUCUCAGUUGAAGGCCAAGCAAGAAGAGCUCAUCAAUAAGCGUUAUGAAUAUGAUAAGCUUGUAUUCCUCCUCCCCACUGGAUCUCCUGAUGUUCAAUAUGUAUAUGGCACUGUUACAAUAUUUAUGAGCACCUGGAUCCUAUGCUGUUGUGGGAGCCAAUAAGCAACGUAGAGAUUUAUGAGGAUGAGUUGGUUAAGAUGAUUUCUUAAUGUCAUCUGUAUAGAUAGAAAGCUGUUUUUGGAUUAAAUUGUGUACAAGAUUUUUGAAUCGACGUUUCGGAUAACACUCUGUGACCUAUCAUCAAGAUAAAGAGAGCCAAAAGAAUCAGUUUCGGAUCAAACUCCGUGAUCCAUCAUCAGGAUAAAGAGAGCCAAAAGAAUCAUGAUCCAUCGUCCACAUAAAGAGAGCCAAAAGAAUCAUAAUUGUAUCAUGAUCCAUCAGCCGGAUAAAGAGAGCCAUAAUUUUGGCUCUCUUUAUCCUAAUGAUGGAUCACGAAGUGUGAUCCAAAACGUUGGGUUAUAAUUCUUUUGGCUCUCUUUAUCUUGAUGAUAGAUCACGGAGUGUGAUCCAAAACCUUGAUUCAAAAAUAUUGUACACAAUUUAAUCCAAAAACGGCUUUCUAUUUUUACUAUAGAUUGUGGAAAUCUCUUAUCAUUAAAAUCAUGUGCAUAAUUUUAAUAAUCAUGUCUUCUUUGUUUACCUCUGAAUAGCUAUUUUGUAUGACACUUUAGGAUGUCCGCCUUCAUUGUAAUUAUCAACUUUCUUCAAAUAAAAGCAUUCA